GCCCGAGCGUGGCAGGCGUCCCGGCGGCGGCUCCGGGGCAGGAGCCGGCGGAGCAGGUGGGGGCGGCGGCCCCGCCUCCGCGUCCCGGCAGCACCAGAGCCGGCGGCCGGAGGGCGCGCCGGGCGCACCGAGCGCAGCACCGAGAGCAGCGGGCCCAGCAGCGGCGGCGCCUGGAGCUGGGCGCUGCAGAGGGAGCCCGGAGCCCGGAGCCCGGAGCCUGGCGGCGGCGGGGGCAACAGCGGCGGGAACGGCGGCCGGAGCCCGGGUCCUGUCCGGCCCCCGCGAGCAGAAGCCAUUCUCUUGGGACCAUUCACAAGCAAGAGACACCAACGCCGUGACAUAUGCCAGUGCCACCGCCACCUCCACCUCCUCCUCUACCUCCACCUCCCCCGCCUCUGGGAGCUCCUCCCCCUCCCCCGCCAUCAGCACCCCCGGCGAGUACAGAAGCUUCCAGCUUGAGAAAGGCCGAUCCCAAAGGUCGAAGUGCACUGUUGGCUGAUAUCCAGCAAGGAACUCGCCUUCGGAAAGUCACGCAGAUCAAUGACCGCAGUGCCCCGCAAAUCGAAAGUUCUAAAGGAGCCAACAAAGAAGGAGGAGGUCCUGCAAACUCUCGAGGAGGGAGCACGCCGCCAGCCCUGGGAGAUCUGUUUGCUGGCGGCUUCCCUGUGUUGCGACCGGCAGGCCAGCGGGAUGCAGCAGGUGGCAAGACAGGGCAGGCCCCUGGCUCCCGAGCGCCUUCUCCCCGGCUUCCCACCAAAACUAUCAGCGGGCCGCUCAACGCCCCAGCGUCUCCCAGGCUAGGCACUGCCUCGGAGGCCAGGACGGCCCCUCCUCGCCCCAGCGUGCCUGCCCCACCUCCUCCCACCUCGCCCCCACCACCCCCACCGCUACCCCCGCCCCUGCCCCCUUCCUCCCCCAUCAAAGCUCCGUUGGUGUCCCCACCUGGCUCACAGACCAAAGGGAAUGCCCUGGUAGUUGCACCCGCUCUGCCCUCUGCACCGCCCGCUGCCCCUCCGCCUCCCCCUCCGCCUCCGCCCCCUCUCCCAACGCCACCCCCUCUUCCCCAGACCUCCAUUCUCAGUGACAAGACAGUGAAGCCACAGCUAGCCCCCUUGCACUUCUCGCCCAUCCCACCCCCGCUUCCUCUCCUUCCACCCUGUGGGUACCCAGGGCUCCAUGCGGAUGCUGCUAGCCCCACCCAUGAUGCCCGGGAGCCUCCUGCCCCACCACCUCCCCCGCCGCCCCCUCCACCACCACUCCCCCUUUACACCUCCUGCACCCCGAGGUCCUUGGUGCCAUCGCCCCCUAUGCCAGGCACUAACAACAGCAGCGAGGCCCCACCCCCUCUGCCCCCCAAGUCCCCCAGCUUCCAGGCGCAGCCCCCGAAGCCCAGCGUGCAGGCCUUACCCGCCCCGCCUGCCCCACCUGGACAGCCCUUCCUGCAGAAGAAGAGGCCGGGCCGAGGCCCAGGUACCAGUGGGGGGAAGCUGAACCCACCCCCAGCGCCCCCUGCGCGAUCUCCCACCACAGAGCUCUCCAGCAGGAGCCAGCAGGCCCCAGGCUGGACCCCGACACCACAGCCAGGAGGUCAGCUGCGGAACGGAGGCCUACACAUGCACAUCAUUGAUGACUUCGAGUCUAAAUUCACGUUCCAUUCUGUGGAAGACUUUCCUCCUCCGGAUGAGUACAAGCCCUGCCAGAAGAUUUACCCCAGCAAGAUCCCCCGAAGCCGUACACCUGGUCCCUGGCUCCACGCUGAGGCUGCUGGGCAGAGCUCCGAUGACAUCAAAGGCAGAAACUCUCAGUUAACUCUGAAGACGCUCCGGUGAGAAGACGGAGGAAGCCCACGUCCUGCGAGCCCCUGGGGCUCCCCCCUGCGGACAGGCAUCCCAGGAGGCCAUGUCUGACCUCACCGCACUCCAGUUGCAAUGCAGUUGACAUACAGGCUCUGCAUGGAGCAUUUAUUUAUUGUAAAUACGUGGUUUGCACAGGCUUUAAUCGGUAUCAUAGUCGGCUUUUAUUUUGUAAAAAAACCACCCUCACCGUUUCUCCAUUUUUUCAAAAUGCAUCUUGGCAUUCACCUGCCGGUGCAGAUGGAGCCCUCCUGCCCCACCGCACAGCAUCCGUCCCGUGACUGUAAAGACCGUGCAGGCUGGCCCUUCCUGCAUACGGACCCGCGUUUAGGAGAUUCCUUGGUUUGCCAGGUACCCUACAGUCACGGUAUCCACGGUGACUUCCGAUUGGCAUGAUUUUAUGUUCUCAGCACACAAACUGCAGAAUCAAACCGAACAAUGCCUUAUACGUGACACAGCUCAGAGACCCGAGUGUCCCCUCUCCCAGAUGACGGACGCCACUCGGCCUCCAGCGGACGGGCCGCGGCGUCCCGCUUCCGUCUUGCCGUACAGGGAUUCUUUUUUUUCCUGCCUGAUGUAAAUAGAACACACAGCCCAGGCAGGCGCGGGCUCGGCCCCUUUUGUAAAUGAAUGAUCCUGCGAGUAGCCAAUGCUCUGUUUACAGUGCCCCUCGUGCCCAAGUCCCCGAGGUGUCGUUCCUGUCCCCUCCAAGCCCCUUCCUGGCAGCCAGGCCGACGUGGGGUGAGCUUUAGGAGACUGGGGUAUUUUCCUUGCAAGUUAGAAACCUGCAUCACACUCACUUUUAGAGUAAAUGACUAAUCCUAUCUCAGCGGUCUGUAUUUUCUCUCCCAAGUGCAGGAUCUCUAUGGCAAGGAAAAGUGUGGGCCAAAUGUAUUAGGAGCUAUCUGCCUCAAAUAUCUGGUUCCCCACCCCCAGGCCUAGGGCCACCCCUCAGGCAACACCUAGCUCCCUCUGAGCUGAAGAACGGAACUGGCCUGAGAUCUGGUGGGGGGCACCUCUCCGGGGGCAGCCGUGUCCAUGGUCAGCCACCCCUGGAUAAGGAGCAGGCCAGGGUGGGCUCCGACUGCUGCUCACACCCAUGGUCUCGAGCUGGGGAGGGAACAGAAGUGUGCGUGUGCUUGCCGCCUGACCCCCAGGGCUCCCUGUCCUGGGAGAGGCCGGCUGUGGCAGAGGAAGGGGAGAAAAUAGAAGGAAACACGCUCAUCUCUGGCCUGUUAUCGAAAUAGCUGCAGAUUAUAGGAAAUUGUGGAAGGAGAGGCUGGCAGGCGGUAAAAAUGUUUCCUCUGGAACCAGCCUCACUUGGGCUCCCACCUUGAGGGGACCAUGCCCAGACCAAGCCAUCCAAAAAGGCAAUGGAUAGGAGGGUUCUGCUCACACGUGACUGCACGCACCUAGUGGUGGUCCGGAGUCACCUAGGAUGCUUCCCUCCAUCAUUGUGCUUCCUCCUUGCAGGGAGAAGCCAGUGAGUGAGGUUAAGUUCCCUUCUCUGGGGACUAAAUCAAGCCAAAUUGUAACAGAAAUCAAUGGAAAAGAAGUUUUCCAGGUCGCCAGCUCUGGGCAUAGCUGCUGGGUUUCAGAUGUUCUGGAAGGUUUCCGAAAGGUCAGACUUCCUUUAUUAUAACAGUAUUCACAUCACCUCCCUCCCAGUUGUACAACAGAAUUGCAAAGGAUUUAAAUAUCAUGGUUAAGAAGGCCCUAGACCAGUGGUUCUCAACCUUCUGGCCCUUUAAAUACAGUUCCUCAUGUUGUGACCCAACCAUAAAAUUUUCUUUGCUACUUCAUAACUGUAAUGUUGCUACUGUUAUGAAUCAUAAUGUAAAUAUCUGAUAUGCAGGAUGGUCUUAGGCGACCCCUGUGAAAGGGUCAUUCGACCACCAAAGGGGUCGCGACCCACAGGUUGAGAACCGCUGCCCUAGACAAAGGCAGUCCUGCCUACGGGGCACCGUCUGCCCCGUGAGGUGCUUAUACGUGCUUGGUCCAGAACGCUGGGCUGGAAAUGAAAAACAAAACGAUUCAAGGGCAGACAGAAGGAAUGAGCAGAAACCACAAAUCGCAAUUGGGGGGUGGGGGCAGAUCUCGGGAGUUGGCAUCGCAUCGCUCCUCUGAGACCGAUCACUGCAUUCGGGCCCCUUGGACUCGCAGGACAGAGGUGGAGCCCCUGACCAUGCACCCCCUGCCGCCCCCAGACAGCUGAUCACUGCGGUCUCCGUCCUCGGAGAUUCCCACAAUAGGCCUGUCGUCUGCGCUCCCCAGUGUUCCCCAUGCAUUUUGUAUUUAUAAAUAUAAACACAAAUAUAAAAAGCCUCUGCAGGUUAUUUCUCCGUACCUAAUAAACUUUGACAAACGGACAUGCUUCUGGCCGUCUCCCUGUGGAAACAGCGUGGUCACCAGCACUGAGCUCAGGGUCAGGAGGGCUUCGGACAGGAGGAAGCCCGGUGCCCAGCUGGCUCCCGCACUGCUGAAAUGUCCUGUGAGAGUCAGGCCUUUCUUUACUGAGCUGGCGUUGCUGACUAAACCGCAGUCACAGUUUCGUCUGAUGUUCCCCUGGUGUUUGUAAGCUAACUGAAUGGGUAUUUGGAAAAACCAAGGGAAAAACUUUCUUAAAUGCAUUUUUUUUCAGGUUUAUUAAUAUGGGUAGCCCGGCCACAUGGCCCAGUGGUUGAGCGUCGACCUAUAAACCAGGCGGUCACGGUUCGAUUCCUGGUCAGGGCACAUGCGUGGGUUGUGGGCUCAAUCCCCAGU